CGUCUUGUAUACACAUACAGCGACUAACCUACACACGACACUCACCACCACCACCACCACCACCACACAUUCCAGCGUCCCAACCCUCGGACCGACGCCCAACUCGAUCCUUCACCUGCGCCGACCGAACACGCGCCACAUACGCUACGAAGGCUACUACCGCUUCUAGUCUCUUUCUCGCUCUCUCACGACCACUUGAUCUUUCUCGAAGCCCUCUAUCACGGCCCCUUGCUUCUGCCCUGCUCCUACAACAACUCCAGGAACGAACUCGGCCAUCUUCAGCAUCCCUGCCUCCGCGCAUAUACCUCUCCCGCUCGCACCUCCCACCUCUCUGAACACGAGCUACCGCUCUGCCUCUCCAUUGACUCGACGACCACGACUCCUGCUGCUGCGACAACCUCGCCGUCUGAUCUGUCCGGUAACCACUCCGACUCCCAUACGCUACCUAAUAAUCUAGCUUCAGAAAGCCAGAUAUCCUCGACAAGGAGAACUGCUCUCCCGAACCGAGACCUCCUUCUCCUCCUCGCGCCCUCCCAGCCACUACCAAUCUUCUACAGCCCCGACAGCAAGCUUCCAUUCCGAUGGCCGAAGAAGAAGAUUUUAGCUCCAUCCCCCUCCAGGACAGAUUUGUCCACAAGGUGUGGAAAGUUCGAAAGCAAGCCUACGAAGAUGCCGCCAAGGCCUUUUCUGCCACCGCCGACGAGUACGACAAUGCCUUCAGACCCUUUCUCUCCGAUUCCGGCAUCUGGAAAGGCGCCGUUGCUGACUCCAAUGUCGCUGCGCAACAAGAUGGUCUUGCCGCAUACUGUGCCUUUCUCAAGUUUGGAGGCAAAGAACACUGCACAAGAACACGCGGCGUCACGAUAGGGCCCAUUUGCGAAAAGGGUCUGCCCUCAACGCGCGCCGCCGCCAAGGACUCGUCGUUAGAGGCCCUUCUCCUGCUCGUCGAGCUCGAUGUGGCUGCGCCCGUCAUCGAGGAAAUCAUCCCCGUCCUCUCCAACAAGCAACCCAAGGUUGUCGCCGCCGCCAUCACCGCCCUGACCACCAUUUACCACAACUAUGGAUGCAAGACGGUCGACCCCAAGCCCGUCCUCAAGGUCCUCCCCAAAGCCUUCGGCCAUGCUGACAAGAACGUUCGUGCUGCCGCCACAAGCCUCGCCGUCGAGUUCUACAGAUGGCUGCGUGAGGCCAUGAAGCCCAUGUUCUGGGGCGAUCUGAAACCCACCCAGCAGACCGACCUCGAGGCUCAGUUCGAGAAGAUCAAGGCCGAACCCGCCCCGAAGCAAGAGCGCUUCUUGCGCUCACAACAAGCCGCCAUGGCCCGCGCCCCGCCGCCGGGAGCCGAUGGAGAAGAGGAGGACGACGGAGACUACGGCGAGGAGCCCGCCGAGAUGGACGCCUUCGACCUGGCAGAGCCCCAGGACGUCUUUGGCAAGAUUCCCGCCAACUUCAGCGAAGCCCUGGCCUCGUCCAAGUGGAAGGAGAGGAAGGAGGCCGUCGAGGGUCUCUACGCGGCCAUCAACGUACCCAGAAUCAAGGACGGCGACUUCAACGAGAUCAACAGGGGGCUCGCCAAAUGCAUGAAGGAUGCCAACGUUGCCGUCGUCACCCAGGCUGCGCAGUGUAUCGAGGUCUUGGCCAAGGGCCUGAGGUCCAGCUACGCGAAGCACCGCACGACCGUCAUGCAACCCAUCAUGGACCGACUGAAGGAGAAGAAGGCGUCUGUGUCGGAUGCCCUGGGCGCUGCCCUGGAUCAAGUCUUCCUCGCCACGAGUCUUACUGACUGUCUAGAGGACAUCAACACCUACCUCGUUCACAAGAACCCCCAGGUCAAGGAGGGCACCAUGAAGUUCCUGAUUCGCUGCCUGAGGACGACACGAGACGUGCCCAGCAAACCCGAGAUCGCCACGAUUGUCGAAUCGGGUAAGAAAUUGUUGUCAGAAUCCAGCGAGGGUCUUCGUUCGGGCGGUGCCGAGAUCCUGGGUACCGUCAUGAAGAUCAUCGGCGAGCGUGCCAUGAACCCGCACAUGGAGGGCCUCGACGACAUCCGCAAGACCAAGAUUAAGGAGUUCUUCGAGACGGCCGAAGUCAAGGCCAAGGAAAAGCCCAAGGCGCCACCUCCUGCAGCCAAGGCGCCUCCCCCGAAGAAGCUCGUGGGAGGAAAGAAGCCGGCAAUGAAGAGGCCAGUCAUGCCCGCAGCGGCCCCAUCCCCGCCAGUCGAACCAGAGCCCCUUUCGCCGCAGGCCACCUCCCGUCCCAAGCCGGCCGGUACCAAGAUGGGCAUGCCGAAGCCUUCGGGCCUCGCUGGCCUCAAGUCGAAGCGUCCUCUCGGAGCGCCGGGUACCGGUUCGCCGCGUCGUUCCGCCGCCGCUCCCAUCAUGCCCGAAGACGACCCCGCCCCCCCGCCACCACAGCCUCGCAUAGGGCUUGGACGCGGCGGCCUUGCCGGACGCUCGCUCGCCAAGCCUGCCGCUGCCCCCGUGCAGAUGCCACCUUCGUCGCCACCGCCAUCUGACGGACUGACGGCGAUGGAACGCGCCGAGCUCGAGGAGUUGAGGGCAGCGAACGAGAGACUUACGCGGCAGGUGGAGGAUAUGCGGCACGAGAGGAGCAAGUACAUGUCUGAGAUCCAGGAGCUCAAGAACCAGAACGCAGGCCUCAUCGAAGAUCAUACUCGUGAUGUUCUCAGCAUCAAAGCCAAGGAGACCCAGCUGGUCCGCGCAAGAAGCGAUGCAGAGGCCACGGAACAGACCAACGACCGCCUCCGACGUGAGCUCGACCGCCUCAAGAGGGCGCUCAACCACGCCGAAGGCCUCAACUCCAGGUCAGGCAUGGUCAGUCCUGGUCUCGCCUCUCCCACACACGAUGACGUCGGCAUCUACCGCGACGCCUCAUACGGCUCAUCUUCUGCCCGGCACAACCGCGUUAGUUACGCCAGCAACAUCUCAGAAGAGAAGGAGAACGGAGACCAUCACUACCCUCGCUCGAAGGCACUCAGUCCCGAACUUAGGUAUACGGGCAGUGCAUCGUCUGGUCGCGGGAGCCCUGCUAGAGGCUACCGAAGCUCUGCUGCCACUCCCGUUGACGACAUGCCGCCACCUUCAUACCCGUCUGGCGGAGGCGGAGGCGGAGGAAGCGGUUUCAACUCGAGUAACAAUGGUGUGGAAAGCUGGAAACGUGCUGCCGAGGUGACGAGUCAGCUGAAAGCCAGGAUCGAACAAAUGAAGGCGAAACAAGGAUUUGCUCGUCCCUAAGCUUGGCCAAGGAGACUCGGUGCUUCGCGGCGGAAGAAGGCAUUGUCAGAUAUUGAUGUGGAUAUGAAGGCGGUUUUUGGGUCAAGGUUUGAUGGGUACAGUACGGUCGGAAGAGGGGGGUUGCGGAGGCUUGUUGCUUGUUCUUGGUUGCACAUCAUUGGCGUCGGAUGCAUACCCAUACCUCAUCUCUUGUCCGGCCUGCGCUUGGAACAGGCAUAUUUUCUGUCUGUAUGAAUUAUGGAUUUCUUGUUCAGUCAACUCACCUGUAUAGCUUUGAGUGGCGCAGGUGUACUUAAUUCAUGAUGUUUAUGAAACAAACUUGGUUCUUUCAC